UCCUUAGAAGACUGAAAACAGGAGGCUGUGGGGUGGUGAGGAUUAAUCAGAUGUAAAUGAAAAACUAACAGGGAACCCCCGGUUAUCGACUCCUUCAUUUCCAGUCGCUGACCAGAGGCACCUUUUUGGGCAGGUAAUCAGCCGUUCAUUGUGAUUAAUCGGCUUUAGCUGUCGGACGAGACUCUGAGUUCCCCAGGCCGUCGUCUUCCUCUUUGUGUCUCGGGUCACGAGUAAAACGAGUUCUUCCAGAGCUGACGAGGGCGAGGCCGAGUAGAGGUAACUAUCACCUCCACCUCCUCCACCACUCUCCCCGAGCAUAGGAUGUCUGUCCUGCUGUAAUCCAACACCUCAGCGCCUAAUCCAGCAUGUGUCUUGUUUCUAAAUGGAUCCAGAUUACGUGCAUACGAAGAGCAGGUUAUUUCCUCGCUGCCACGUCAGGCGGGUCACAGGUGAGGUGAAGAUGGUGGACCGGCUUGCGAACAGCGAGGCCAACUCCAAGCGGAUCGCGGUGGUGGAGAGCUGCUUCGGCGCCGCGGGCCAGCCGCUGGCCAUCCCCGGCCGCGUGCUGAUCGGCGAGGGCGUCCUCACCAAGCUCUGCCGUAAGAAGCCCAAGGCGCGGCAGUUCUUCCUCUUCAACGACAUCCUGGUCUACGGCAACAUCGUCAUCCAGAAGAAGAAGUACAACAAGCAGCACAUCAUCCCGCUGGAGAGCGUCACCAUCGACACAGUGCCGGAUGAGGGCGACCUGCGCAACGGCUGGCUCAUCAAGACGCCCACCAAGUCCUUCGCCGUCUACGCCGCCACCGCCACGGAGAAGUCCGAGUGGAUGAACCACAUAGGGAAAUGCGUGGGUGACUUGCUACAGAAAAGCGGCAAGGCUCCCACCGGAGAGCAUGCCGCCGUCUGGGUGCCCGACUCGGAGGCGACGGUGUGCAUGCGCUGCCAGAAGGUGAAGUUCACGCCCGUCAGCCGCCGCCACCACUGCAGGAAGUGCGGCUUUGUGGUGUGCGGGCCGUGCUCGGAGAAGAAGUACCUCCUGCCGAGCCAGUCGUCCAAACCGGUUCGAGUGUGCGAGUACUGCUACGUGCAGCUGACGUCGGGGAGCCUCCCGCCGCGGUCAGACUCCAUGAGCCGGCUGGGGUCAAAGUUCAACAGCAACAACCUGUCGGACGAUGAGGACGAAGACGACAGCAGUGACUGAGGAACGAACCGUCCUCCCCUCCCCGACGGCCUGUCCCGUCCCCUGCGUCGUCGAGGAGGAAAUACUCUGCUGAUUCCUUUUUUUAUUUUUUGUUCCUUUCUCCUCCCAGAUCAUCGACUCGUGACGUGGAUUAACUCGCGUUGGAGUCUCAUCUACAAACCAAAUUCUUUAAGUGUUUUUUUUUCCUCUAAUUCCAGCAGGGAUAAAUAUUUUCCUGAACACGGUGAUUAAUCAGUGAGAUGUGGAAUUUACUGGGUGAUCCAGCAGAACUGAGAGGGAAACAGUCUGACUGCUCGUCGCUUCCACUCCGCCCCGUCUCUCUUGACUCUUAAUUAGGCUGCAAUUAGUCACUACAGAACACAAUGGUGCUAAUGAGAACUCCCUCUGCUCCCCUUUAUCCUCCUCUUAAGUUAAUUUCAUCCUUGAGGAGACUCAUUUUCUUUUUCUCUCUCUCUUUAUUUUCAAUUUACUGUCCAUGAACUUACACAAGGUGAUUGCUUGUAAUUUCUGCAGGGAAAAGCAAAUGUCUGGGCUCUAACCUGUUGUCUCCUCUAUCCUUUCAGGUAUUAAACCAAACAGGGCUUUCUUUUUGUAACAGAAAUUUGGUAUUUUUCUGCCCUAUUCUGUAAAAUCGUCUCCAGCAAAAUGAAAGAUCCCUUUUAUAGGUAACAAAACGUAGAUGUUACGCUAAACUCUAGAGCUUUCCUAGUUCACAUAAUGUAGUUGCUUCUGACAAAUCAGCUAAAGCUCGUCUCUCAGCCCCACAAAUACUAACUCUACCUUUUGCCUGUACGGUCACGUAGUGCCUUAUAGAAAAAAUGAAGAGAACGGUUGCUUCUUAAUGAAUUCAGGCUGCAGAAACAGGGAUUUCGUGAUAGGUUGACUCUGAAACGUGUUAGGCAGGAUGGAGGUGUUGUGUGGUUUUGUGAAGAGUGGAGAUGUUACCGACCGGCCGCCGGACAGAAAGAGUUCUAGAUGGACUUGGACUAACCAGCCGUCAGUCACUGGUACUUGAAUAUGAAUGUGUUUGAUGAGGCGUCUGGUAAAAAGGUGUUAACAACCCGUAAUCUUUAGCUUCCAAGAACCAGGACCCGGUUCUAGUUCCUGUCUCGUGUCGUCGUUGACGGACAGACAUCGAUCAGAGACGUGGGGCGGAUCUAGAUGUUUACCAGCUUCAGACCAGCUCUCCAGAGUUCACUGAGUCCUUCAGGACCAGGUCUGACACCGUCGCCUGAAUCUAAACAGAGACAGAGCAGAACACUGUCGUCAUUUCUAAGCUUCAGUUAAAUCUAGUCAUGUAGAGUUUGCUACCUAAAUAAAUAUCUCUUUAUGGGUCGCAGAGAAGAUGACGAACACGCUUUCCAAAGGUCAGCGUUGUGUCCAGACAGUUCGAUCCAGCUCCAGCUCUGGUCGGCGCUGUUAGAAAUAGAGAUGGGUGACUUUACCUACCUGCAGACUUCCAUCUUCAGUGGAAAAAAUGUCUCUACUGGAAAUGAAACUUCUGCCGAAGAGGUGGACGGAGGAGGAACGUUUCCUCGCUCCCUUUGUGGAUUUUGGUUUUGUUCAGAGAGAAGAAGGUGUGUUUUUAAAAACCGAUCAGGAACAUGAUAUAACUUUUAACUAGAGAGUAGAGAGCAGCAGAUGGGAUGUCUGUGUGGAAGAUGAGAUGAAAUGCAAUAAUCAGUCGCCGGCCUGCUUUGUGUUUGCUUUUAUGAUCGUCGUCCUCGCUCUGAAGUUGUAGUCUUCCUGUCUUCUAACAUGGCCGUCCCUCCUUCCCUCCUUCCUCGUGUCCUUCCUUCCUUCCUUCCUCUUCAGUACCAUAACUUUCCUACAAAAAGCACAGUCUACUGAUCAUGUGACGAUGUGUGUGUGUGUGAGAGAGAGAGAGAUGUAGAUCAUGUGAUCAGUCACUGAACCAGGAAGUGGAGAAUCUUGAGGAAUGAUGAUGAACUACCUGCUGCAGCCGGCGGAGAGUUCAGAUUCAUUUUCUCUUCCAGAUGUUUGGUCAUCAGUUUCAGCCCGAGUUUCUCUUCCCAGUGACUCCUCUGAAGAGUUUCGCUCCUUUUAAACAGGCAGCAGUGACUCAUCUCACAAAAAAUACAAAAAACACCUCCGUAAGUUUUGUAAUGUGGUUAAAUACAGCAGCCAAAAAUCGUCUUCACAGGUCGACUCUGUUCCUACUCAGACUUGGACACACCUGGGAUUAUCCAGGUUUUAUUAAGGUCAGGAAGACGUUUAUAGAGUAGAGGAAUGAGUCCUGAAACCAGGAAGUAAGUUAGCAUGUUAGCACCUCCUGUUCCCUCGUCCCAAAGUCAGUGUGUUUCUGGUUAAAUGUCUGAAAUAAGGUCUGUGGUUUUAACACAUUUUCAGGUUUUAUUCUCCGACAUAAAAUCAGUCAGUAAAUCCUCCACUCCUGAUGUUUGAAGCUUUUACGUGUCUUAAAAAAGGCGGUUGCUAACGAGUGUCUAAAUGAGACUACAGAGGUUGUCGGGGACGUUAACAUGAAAACCCAUCUACUCACCAGUCCACCUAACAUUAGCUUUUUACUUCUGGAGAUUGGAUUUAGGCUUUAAAUCCAAAAUCCAAUGAAAAAAUCCCACUGGCUUUUUGUGGAGGGAACCAGGCUGAUGCUAACUUCAGGGCUGGACUAGACAAACACAUCACUCCUGCAGGACUUUGUCACUCUCUAUUAAUUUACAGGAUUUUCCUCAGAUGAAAUAAAGUAAUCGAAGUGGUGGAGGAGGAGUAGAUGCCAGUUUUUGGAGUGAAACUCUUCAGACGAGAGUUUUAGACGCAAUAAAAAAAUCUUUACCUGAGAUGAAGCAGGGAAACGUGGCCACAGCUGCAUCUUUUAAAAAAAACAGCUCUGCCUUUUACAAGUUGCAGGUAUAGCUAUUUCUGGGGAUGAGUGUUUUCUUUAAGAGUCAUCUCUUCACACAGUUGAUAGCGUUUUCGACGAAGUUGUAGCGGGAAGCGAACGCCUCGUCCAGACUGCAACUCUGAGAGCAGCAGAACAGGGAGAAGAAAGGGAUCAUUUUUCUUUUUUUUUGCUGUUAAUGUUUAUGUUACUGCAAUAAAAACAACCUAAGUGAUUGGAGGAAAUUUAAACACAGUAAUAAUCACUAACCAGCUGUUCUUUAUACUCGCUGCGGCCGAGGUGCUGACGGGAGGAGACGGCUUCACCGUCAAACCCAGAAGCACAAAGUCGGGCCUCAGGUUUUGCUGUGGAUUGCACUUAACAAAGUCGGCACAUGGACUCUGAUCCAGGUUCUUACUUCAUACUGUCAGAUCCACAGUGACUCUGUUGGAUGUUUUAAAAAUGAGUCUUCAUGUUGUUUUAAUCCUGAUUAUUUUUUUUUGUACAUUUGUACAGAUUUGUCGUGGGAUCUUAUGUUGUUUUUUUUUUGUUGUUGUUGUACAGUUAAUGAUCAGUUCUGAAAUGACGCUGUUUCAGGUCUCGUCGUGCUCGACCCUCCUCCUCCUCUUCCUCCUCUGAACAGCAUCUCCAACAGAAACCAGGUAGUGUCCUGAGCUCAGCAGACUCCUCAGGGAGGUCAGAGGUCAGCAGCAGCAGCUGGAAGGGAUUCAGUGUCCAGGUCAGAGAUGUUUCAGCAGGGCUGGAGGUUUAAACUCAGGUUUCUUCUCUGUGUACACGAGUUACCGGGCUUCUUACACGGAUUCAGCUGCUAAACAGCUGGAUAAAGUUUUUCAGAUUCAGACACAUUUGUGAUGAGGGAAGAAGCUUAAAGGCUCAGCCUGCUCUGAUACAGACUAACUGAAAUAAACCAAAAACAAACAAACUAGUAGAAUCAGAAAGUCCGGAGGAGCAGCAGAGGAGAAAUCUGAUCCCAGACCUGCUGCAUGUUCACAGUUACCCCUCCUGAUGUUUGGCAGGUAGACGAACAGAACAGAAAUAUAUGUAACAGCUUUGAUUUCCCUCCGUAUCUGGAGGAUUUAUUGAGUAGAAAAAAUGUUUCCCUUCGACCACAGAGUCGAACUUUUUCUCCUCUGCUGCGUUCAGGCGAUCCUUAUCAACUCUGAGAGUGAGCCCUUCAGUGUGUGACAUUCCCCUGGUGUUUGUUCAUGAACAACCACUGCAGGUUGUAAAUAAUAGAAACCAAACAUAAGGAAAGUGGGAGGAUGAGGUGUUUACAGUCGUGCAGGUUAUAUAAUACUAUAAUACACUAAGUUUACUGCCCUUAAAAGCCACCACUGCAGCUUCUGUGUCACAUAAAUGCAGUUUCCUGGUGAUAAAUGUGGAGUUGAUGAGGAUCAUCCUGAGCUAAAUCUGCAGCUAACUGAAUUAUUUUCAGUAUCAGUUAAUCAGAGGAGAAGGUGAUGCCUUCAGGUGUCUUGUUUUGUCCAAAACCCAAACCAAAGAUAUUCAGAGCAGCUCGAAAAAUGUCUUUUAACGGGGUGGAAACAACAUCUCAGAUCAGUUUUGUGGUUUAAAUUGACUGAUCGUUCCAGCUCGACCCUGAACGCAUCACGAAUCUGGACACUUGUGGCUGUUUCUGUCGCUCAGAUCCUGAGACGUAGAACAAGAGGAGGACCAGGUGAGGAGGGAACCUGGGACAGCUGAAAGAGAGGUCGUUGUGUUUUGUGAGUUUUGGUUUUUGUCGUGCGACGCGAGCUGCUCACACCUGUCUCAUGGAUUUUUUAUGUUCUCUCUCGUUAAGGCUCGACGGGGCAAUUUUUUUUUUUUUUUUUUUGGUGUUCUUCUUUUCCUAGUUUGUUUAAUUUUUGUCGACAUUUUAAUUCAUUUUAAAAGCUUCUACAAAAAAAGGGCUUCAAUCAGAAUGUAACCAGCAUAUCAUUGUUCAAUACUAAUUCCUUCAGAAAUCUUUAAGUAUAUAUUAUAUAUAAAUAAUGUAUUGCUUAAAGUU